AUGCUGUUCUUAAUCACUCUUAAUAAAUUUCGUUGGAAACAUGUAUACUGGAUGAUUUUCGUUCUUGAAAAUAUAUUGCUUAUUAUUCAACAAAGUAUGAGUCAAAAUUGUAAUCAAAGAAUAUAUGGACUAUUCAAUGGAAGUAUUAUUAGUAAUACUACUAAUAUGACAGGUACAAAUGUUGCACAAUUAUGUUGGUUGUCUAAUGAAAAUUUCACUUACCUACAAUCAUUGAAUGACUGUUUGGACUUUAGUGUAGUAUGGAUAACUGAGCCACCAAAUGAAUGGCAUAUUGAUGAAAUAAUUAGAAUUAGAUUCUUUGUAACUGCUUCUCCAUCAUUUUACGGACAAGCUAUACAGUUCAAUAUAUUUUCACGUAAUCCAUUAUUAAGUUCAAUUGGCGAUGUAUCAUCGUUUUGUUCUGCAACAUCUUGCAAAAUAUUUCAAGUUGAAAGUACAUGUUGUAUAUGGCAUAUGAGUCUGUUUAUGAAUAGAUUAACUUCUCCCAGUGAACAAUUUCCUUUGGAUGUUUGUGAUUUCAAUAAUUUUAAUAAUAAAAGUAUACCAGUUUAUUAUGGUUCAUCACUGAAUUCUGAAUGGAAUCUUUUAGUUCCCAAUGUUACACAACCAGGAAUUUAUUUAUUACUUGUUCGAAUACUGGUUGGAAGAUUUCAAAGUAUUUUGGUAAAAAGAGUAACAAUUACAGGUCCAGUUGAUCCAGAGGACAGGUGGAUUAAAAUGUUUCUAUCCCGUUCAACAAACUGUUCGCUUAAGAUGAUUGACUGCGUUCCAGUAGCAAUGAAACAAGUCUACGUAGAAUUUACUGAGUUAACAAGCGAUAUGCAAAGACAACUAUGGGAAGUUAAGAAAAUGAAACAUAAUAAUUUAGUGAAGCUCGUUGGGGUCACAUUUAUAUCACCUGUCUUAUCAUUGUAUACAGAGUUUUGUGAUAGAGGAAGUUUGUGUUACGUACUUCGACGUGAUUCUAUCCCGCUAAGUUGGAGUUUAAGAAUAGGUUUUUUAACUGGUCUUGCAAAUGGUUUAGCUUAUUUACAUCAUUCUCAAAUUGUACAUGGUCGAUUGAAUUCAUCAAAUUGUGUGGUUAGUGAUAAAUGGACAUGUAAAAUAACUGAUUAUGGAUUAGAUAAUUUAAUUUGGUCAAAUGAUUUUGAAAAACAUAAAACGUUUUUAGAUAAACCAGAAAAUUUACCAUAUAUUCCACCUGAAUAUAGAGAUUAUAAAGAAACAUUAUUCGUGCCAGCAGUAGACAUAUACAGCUUUGGUACAAUCAUGUGGGAAACGGCAAGUCGGAGUGAUCCGUCUCAAGAUGACGAAUUUGUGGCAGAUCCAAUGUAUAAUCACCCGGAAUUGCCGACUAAAAGACGUUUUGAAACUGAUGUUAAAUACGAGGUUGCAACAGUACCGCCUUUUGAAGAAUAUAACAAUUUGAUGGAAUCUUGUUGGAGUGAAAAUACACUUAGACCAAACUUAAAUACAAUUAUAGAAUGGUUGACAAAGAUUAAUCCAAGGAAUAUUGGAGUUGAUGAAGAUACAAUACUUACGAAAGAAUAUGCUAAAUGUCUUGAAUCUAUUAUUGAAGAUAGAACACAAGCGCUUCGUAGUGAACAAAAAAUGGCAGACACUUUACUUAACAGUAUGUUACCAAAACAAGUUGUAGAAAUGCUAAGACAUGGUGAGAAUGUACCGCCUGAAGCAUUUGAACAAUGUACAAUAUACUUUAGUGAUAUUGUCGGUUUUACCACAAUUUCAUCAAGUUCUACACCAUUUGAAGUUGUAGAAUUUCUAAACAAACUGUACACUCAAUUCGAUGAUAUCAUUGAUCGAUACGACGUUUAUAAAGUGGAAACAAUUGGUGAUGCAUAUAUGGUUGCAUCAGGUGUUCCAAGAAGAAAUGGUGAACGUCACGCGAUAGCAAUAGCUGAUAUGUCACUUGAUCUAGUCAGUGUUUCACACAGUUUCGUAAUUCCUCACAAACCUGAUGAACCGUUAAAAAUUCGAGUUGGUUUACAUUCAGGUCCAGUAUGUGCUGGUGUUGUUGGUUUGAAAAUGCCAAGAUACUGUCUUUUUGGUGAUACAGUCAACACAGCAAGUCGAAUGGAAAGUACUGGCGAAGCUUACAAAAUACACUGUUCAGAAACAACACACGCUAUAUUGGAUCGACUUGGUGGUUUCACUUUUGAAAAACGUGGUACAAUAACUGUGAAAGGAAAAGGGGAUAUGCAGACAUGGUGGAUCACAGGACGUACUAGAGCUGAUUUGGCGAAAGAUUGCUGCCCACUGCCAAUGAACUGGAAAAAAAGACUGAAAAAAAAGGAACCUUCAAACCAAACUGAGAAUCCAUAACAAAAAUAACAUUCAUACCAUUCAUGGAUUGACGAAAACUUAAGAAGAUCUUGUAAAGUGUUAUAUAUCAUAUCGAGUCUUCAGAUUAUAUAAGAUUAUAUUAUUUAUGGUGCUUAAAAGAGUAUUCGCCACUGUUCAUGCAUUUUAAUCUUGACAUCUUUAGCAAGCAUUCUCAUUUUGUUUUGAAUAAUGAAUCCUACAAAAGUAACUGACUAUUAAAUUGUUGUCUCGGUGUUUUGAAC